AGGAGGAAGAGGAGGAGGAGGAGGAGGGAGCAUGGGGAAGGAGCAGGACCUCCUGCAGGCGGUGAAGAGCGGAGACCUGACGUCCACCCAGAAGCUUCUGUCCAAACUGAAGAGCAACAGAAACAAGCUGCUGGGCUCCACCAAGAGACUGAAUGUGAACUACCAGGACUCGGAUGGGUUCUCCGCCCUGCACCACGCUGCCCUCACAGGGACGUCCGUCCUGCUGUCCGUCCUCCUGGAGGCGCAGGCCAGCGUGGACGUCAAGGACAGCAACGGAAUGCGUCCGCUGCAUUACGCCGCGUGGCAGGGGAAGGCCGAGUCCGUCCUGAUGCUGCUGCGCUCCGGAGCCUCGGUGAACGGCGUCUCGCUGGACGGACACAUCCCGCUGCACCUGGCGGCGCAGUACGGACACGAUGAAGUGUCGGAGAUGUUGCUGCAGCAUCAGUCGAACCCGUGUCUGGUGAACAAGGCCAAGAAGACGCCUCUGGACCUGGCCUGCGAGUUCGGACGAGUCAAGGUGGCCCAGCUGCUCCUGAGCAGUAACAUGGUGGUGGCGUUGUUGGAAGGAGAGAGGAAGGAGCCGACGGACUCGGCCUUCACCACGCCGCUGCACCUCGCCGCCCGAAACGGUCACAAAGACAUCAUAAGGCUGUUGCUGCAAGCCGGUAUCGACAUCAAUAAAACCACCAAGUCCGGUACGGCGUUGCACGAAGCUUCUCUCUACGGGAAAACGGAGGUUGUGCGCCUCCUGCUGGAUGCCGGAGUGGACGUCAACAUCCGAAACACGUACAACCAGACGGCGCUGGACAUCGUCAAUCAGUUCACCACGUCCCACGCCAGCAAGGACAUCAAGCAGCUGCUCCGAGAUGCGACGGGGGUGCUGCAGGUCAGGGCCCUGAAGGAUUACUGGAACCUCCACGACCCCACCGCCCUCAACAUCCGAGCCGGUGACAUCAUCAUGGUGAUGGAGCAGCACGUGGACGGACGCUGGAAAGGACACAUCCACGACAGCCCGAGAGGGACGGACCGGGUGGGCUUCUUCCCCCCCUCCAUCGUGGAGGUCAUCAGCCGGAGGAACGGGGGCGCCCUGUCCCGGCACGCCUCCCUGCCCCCCCAGCGCCAGCAGACGCUGUCCAGAGUCCCCCCCCCCUCCGGCCUCAGCUCCGCCCCGCAGACCGACGACUCCUACACUCUGUACGCACCCCCCACCCACGUGGUGCUGCCGCUCGCCAACGGCCUCACGACCAGCAGAGCAGGCGACAGAAACAGCGUCGGGAGCACGGGCAGCGUGGGCAGCACGCGCAGCGCCGGGAGCGGACAGAGCACCGAGAGCAGCCACGCCCCCAACGGCUUCCCCCACCACAGCGGUCACCAUGACAACAAGACGGCGCCCCCUGCUGCUGAUUCCGGGCACUCAGAUCUCAGCGACCAGCCCGAUCUCCCUGCAGGUGGAACUCCUCGGAGACAGACGGUGACGGUGCAGAAACCGGCGGAGCAAAGCUUCUCUCAGCAGUUCGCUCGCCCUCAGCAGCUGAUGGAGGGGAAGGACGCCGAGGCCAUCUACCAGUGGCUGAGUGAGUUCCAGCUGCAGAUCUACACCGGGAACUUCCUCAGUGCUGGGUACGAUGUUCCCACCAUCAGCAGGAUGACUCCUGAGGAUCUCACGGCCGUGGGCGUGACCAAACCAGGCCACCGCAAGAAGAUCUCCAUGGAGAUCAGCGACAUGAACAUCCCCGAGUGGCUGCCCGAGUACAUCCCAUCGGACCUGGGCGAGUGGCUCAGCGCCAUCGGACUCCCUCAGUACCACAAGAAGCUUUCAGAGAACGGCUACGACUGCAUCAGCAUCGUCAAGGACCUGACGUGGGAGGAUCUGCAGGAGAUCGGCAUCAUCAAGCUCGGACACCAGAAGAAGCUGAUGCUGGCGGUGAAGAAGCUGUGUGACAUCCAGAGGUCGAUCCUUCACGCUGACCACGACACGCUGCGGCGCAGAGGCCCCGGGGCGCUCCACCUGGUCGCCAUCGAACCGGCCGACUCAGACUCCUCCCCUCGCACCCCGAAGAUGCUGAGCUUCCAGGACAGCGAGCUGAGCGCCGAGCUGCAGACCGCCAUGUCCAGCCAUUACGGCGGCUGCGAGGAAGGUUUGGCCUUCAAGCACGCCGUGGGAAUGUCCCAGAGCCAGGAGAGCAUCGACACGCGGUCCCGGGGGUCCGGCCGCUCGCAGGAACCGCCCACCGCCUCCGUCCCCCCCCACAGCUGGUCGCAGGAGAGCCUGGACGACGCCUCGGCCAAGGAGAGGAACCUCCCUGAGGGCUGGGAGCAGCGGCUGAAGCAGGUUCCUCUGGGCACGGCCACGGUGUUCAAGUACCCGCCCAUCCCGGCCAAGCCCCGCCUCCCCGGCUCUCGUGGCUCCUCCCCUCAUGGCUCGCCAGCGCUGAAGGGUUUCAGCUACCUUCACUCUCACUGUGGCUCCACAGAACUGAGCCGGGCGGGCCACGCCGCCACCCUGGCUCCGCCCAAGAGACGCACCCAGAGCAUGACCCGCUACGCUCUGUCCGACGGCGAGCCCGACGACGAGGAUGACGAGCCCGCCCUCCACUCAGGAAACCUGCCGUCCUACGCCACGCUGACCCGCAAGCCCGGGCGCAGCCAGCUGGCUCGACUGCAGGCGAGUCCGGAGAAGAGCGGCAGCGUGGGGCGGAGUCAGUCGUUCGCUGUGCGCGCCCGGAAGAAAGGUCCGCCCCCACCCCCCCCGAAACGCCUGAGUUCAGUCAGCAGCACGACCAGCGGCGAGCUGAGCGACAGCAGCACGACCUCGUCGUCAGGCCGCGUGGCGUCGGACAGCCCGGGCAGCGUGAGGAGCAUCGCCGGCGCUCUGGAAAGAAGCCUAGAGGGGAGGAGCUCCCCAGGACCCACGCCAGAGCUCGGCCACCAGGAGGCGCCCCCCCUCGUCUCCGCGGGACAGGAAGUGAGAGAGGCCUCAGGGGUGAGGAGGCGGGUGCAGAGCGAGUGCGUCCCCGCCCACAGCGGCGCCGAGCCCGACCGGGGCGUGAAGUCGGACUCUGAGGAGGACGGACCCAGCGGCCUGGCGAGCUCGUCCUCGCCGCAGCACAGCUCCAGCGAGUGCCUCCCCUUCGCCGAGGAGGGGAACCUGACCAUCAAGCAGAGGCCCAAGGCGCCGGCGCCGCCGCGGGCCGAGGCCGUGCUGGAGCCGCCGGAGCAGCACGCCGCCACGAGCCUGGAGCCGCCCGAGUUCAACCUGAAGGAGUCGGACACGGUGAAGCGCCGACAGAAGCCCAGAGACAAGGAGCCGGGGGGGGGCUCCCCCAGCCGGGAGGGGGCGGGGCCUCCGGGCUCGCCGUGCGGCAGCCGGCCUCAGAGCCGAGAGGGCGUGGCUCAGAGGAUCGGUGACACGGAGGCAGAGCGGCCGGCCAGUCCGACGCCGGGGUCACAGGUCAAACCCCCCCUCUCCCCCAAACCCCCCAUGGUCGCCCCCAAGCCUGUACGCCACAGUCUGCUGGCUGCACAAGCAGCUGGACCCUCGACCCCAGCUCUCACCGUCAGCGGGGGGGGUCAGAGUUUGGCCUUCAGCUCUUCGUCCUCUGCUCUCCACGGACCCCCUGCUCUGGCCCCGCCCCCGGCUCUGGCCCCGCCCCCGGCUCUGGCCCCGCCCCCUCAGAGUCCGUCUCUGACGGCGGCGAGGCCUCAGGUGUGCGUGGUCGGUCCGGAUCUGGUCCCGGAGCCCGAGGUGGUUCAGCAGAGACUGGAUCAGACCAGCACGUCUCUGGAAGCAGCUCUGAAGGCCGUGGAGAGGAAACUGAACCUGGACGACAACUCAGACGGCGGAGCGAACUCGGUGAAGUCUGCAGGAACCAUCCUGGACGACAUCGGCAACAUGUUCGACGACCUGGCCGACCAGCUGGACGCCAUGUUAGACUGAGGACUCCUCCCACAUCCAUAUACAAAUAUAUUUAUAUAUAUAUAUAUCCAGCCUCAAGCUCAGGAAGUGAAGCACAGAGAGAGAGAGGAGGAGGGAUGAAGGAGGGAUGAAGGAGGGAUGGAACACCAGCGCUUCUUCUCCUCCUGUUUGCUUCAGACUCUCACACUCGACCUUCACUCAGGUCCGGUUCGGUUCGGAACCAGCAUCUUCUCCUCGUGUCUUAUCGAACAGGAACCAGACGCUGGAGCAGCAUCCUCACAUUAUCAUGAUUAUUGUUAAACACUAAGAUUGAAACAUGAAGUUUUUUAUCAUUUUGAUUUUUGCAGAGCUGAAGACCUGACAUCCUUACUGCCAUAGAUUUAUAUAUAAAGGCUAGAUGUCUCGUUCGAAGGAGCCGGAC